GGGCGGGGAGGAGCCUGGUGGCUGCGCAGGGCGGCGGGGUGCGCGAAGCAGACCCGGCGGCCGCGGCUCUUCGGCGCUCGGCCCAGCACCUGCUGCCCUCGCCCGGCCCCGGGCGCCGCUGCCAUGCGGCUGGCGCUGCUCUGGGCCCUGGGACUCCUGGGCGCGGGCAGCCCUCUGCCCUCCCGGCCGCUCCCAGAUACAGGUGGCACUGAGGAGGAGCAAGGAAGGCCGGAGAGAAGGAUCUUGGAGCCCCAGAUCCUUCAGGACAACCUGACAUUCAGCCUAGCAGAGGUGCUUCAGACCAGCCUGCCUGAGGCUUUGCGGAUCAAAUUGGAAUUGGAUGGUGAGAGUCAUAUCCUGGAGCUGCUACAGAAUAGGGAACUAGUCCCAGGCCACCCAACCCUGGUGUGGUACCAGCCUGAUGGCACCCGGGUGGUCAGUGAGGGACAUACUCUGGAGCACUGCUGCUACGAAGGAGGAGUGCAGGGCCAUGCCAACUCCUGGGUCUCCCUCUGCACCUGCUCGGGCCUCAGGGGCUUGGUGAUUCUGUCGCCAGAGAGAAGCUACGCCCUGGAGCUGAGGCCUGGGGACCUUCAGGGUCCCCCCAUCAUCUCCCGGAUCCAAGACCUCCUCCUGCCAGGCCACACUUGUGCCCUAAGCAGGCGUGCAUCUGUGUCCACUCGGGGUCCCCCAGAGCGCCACCUGGGACGGAACCACAGUCACCGGCGGAGGCGGGAUGUGGUGACAGAGACCAAGAUUGUUGAGCUGGUGAUUGUAGCUGAUCAUUCCGAGGUCCAGAAGUACCAGGACUUCCAGUACCUGCUGAACCGCACACUGGAAGUGGCCGUCCUCCUGGACACAUUCUUCCGGCCCCUGAAUGUCCGGGUGGCGUUAGUGGGCCUGGAGGCCUGGACCCAGCGCGACCUGGUAGAGAUAAACCAGGACCCAGGUCUCACACUAAACAGCUUCCUCCGCUGGCGCCAGGUGGACCUGCUGCCUCGAUUGCCCCACGACAGUGCCCAGCUGGUGACUGCUACUUCAUUCUCUGGGCCCAUGGUGGGCAUGGCCAUUCAGAACUCCAUCUGUUCUCCUGAAUUCUCAGGAGGCGUGAACAUGGACCACUCCACAAGCAUCCUGGGAGUUGCUUCCUCGAUAGCCCAUGAGUUGGGCCACAGCCUGGGUCUGGACCACGACUCCCCUGGGAACAGCUGCCCCUGUCCAGGCCCAGCCCCAGCCAAGAGCUGCAUCAUGGAGGCCUCCACAGACUUCCUGCCAGGCUUGAACUUUAGCAACUGCAGCCGCCAGGCCCUGGAGAAAGCCCUCUUGGAUGGGAUGGGCAGCUGCCUCUUUGAACAGCUGCCCGGCCUGCCCUCUAUGGCCAAAGGCUGUGGAAACAUGUUUGUGGACCCGGGCGAGCAGUGCGACUGUGGCUUCGCUGAUGAGUGCACUGAUCCCUGCUGUGAUUACCUCACCUGCCAGCUGAGGCCAGGGGCACAGUGUGCAUCCAAUGGACCCUGCUGUCAAAACUGCCAGCUGCGCCCGGCUGGCUGGCAGUGCCGCCCUCCCAGAGGUGACUGUGACUUGCCUGAGUUCUGCCCAGGAGACAGCUCCCAGUGCCCCCCUGACAUCAGCCUGGGGGACGGUGAGCCAUGUGCUGGUGGACUGGCCGUGUGCAUGGAAGGGCGUUGUGCUUCCUACGCCCAGCAGUGCCAGGCUCUCUGGGGACCUGGGGCCCAGCCGGCCACGCCACUUUGCCUCCUUACUGCCAACACUCGGGGAGAUGCCUUUGGGAACUGUGGGCGCAGCCCUAAUGGCAGCUACAUGUCCUGUGCCACUAGAGAUGCCAUUUGUGGGCAACUCCAGUGCCAGGGGGGUAUGGCCCAGCCUCUGCUGGGCUCAGCCCAAGAUCUGCACUGGGAGACACUGGAAGCCAAUGGGACCCAGCUGAAUUGCAGCUGGGUACACCUGGACCUGGGCAACGAUGUGGCUCAGCCCCUCCUGACUCUUCCUGGCACAGCCUGUGGCCCUGGCCUGGUGUGUCUCAACCGUCGAUGCCAGCCCGUGGAUCUCCUGGGAGCACAGGAAUGUCGGAGGAAAUGCCAUGGACAUGGGGUCUGCGACAGCAAUAGGCAUUGCCACUGUGAGGAGGGCUGGGCGCCCCCUGAUUGCACCACCCAGAUCAGAGCAACCAGCUCCCUGACCACAGGGCUGCCCCUCAGCCUCCUGUUGAUGGUGGUCCUGGUGCUGCUUGGUGCCACCUACUGGCACCGUGCCCGCCUGCGCCAGCGACUUUGCCAACUCAAGGGACCCAGCUGCCAAUACAGGGCAGCCCAAUCUGGUCCUCCAGAACGCCCAGGACCCCCGCAGAGGGCCCUGCUGAUCUCAGGCGCCAAGGCUAGUGCUCUUGGCUUCCCGGCCCCCCCAUCCAGGCCGCUGCCUCCAGACCCUGUGCCCAAGAGACUCCAGGCUGAGCUGGCUGACCGACCCAAUCCCCCCACUCGCCCUCUGCCCGUUGACCCAGUCGUGAGGCGCUCGAAGGUAACAGUGGGGGGAGAGAAGGGCACAGCCUCUCCCCCUACCCAGGUCUCUGGUGCUAGUGGCUGUGGCGAUGGUGGUGGCUGUGGUGAUGGUGGUGGCCGUGGCGAGAUGCCUCCUCCGUGCCUAAGGGCACAUACCCCAGUGGUGUCUUUAAUGGUGACAGGUUUGUUUGAAGACAAAGGUGACCUCUGGUGCCGCCCUCCUAAGCUGGUGUUCCCCAGCACCAGUGCAUUGGGGGCGGGCAACAUGAUACCCCCUCCCAAGCUGGCCUCCUGCCCUCUCUCUCUCAGUCUCAGGGGCCUGUCAAGCCCCCACCCCCGAGGAAGCCACUGCCUGCUGACCCCCAGGGCCAGCGCCCUUUGGGUGACCUGCCUGGCCCAGGAGCUGGAAUCCCGCCCCUAGUUUUACCCUCCAGGCCUGCCCCGCCGCCCCCAGCAGUGUCCUCGCUCUACCUCUGACCUCUCCUGAGGUUUCGCUGCCUCCAACCUGAAUUUAGGACUUCAAGAGGGGGACCUGUCCCCUGCGGUCCCCCGCGAUGACCCAAGGAGCCAGAGCCUGGAUGCAACGGAGCAGGCGUCUUAAGACACCGGGCACCUCCUUGCGCUGUCGAGUUGCAGCUAGGAGUUGGGGAGGGACUGGGCGCUGGACAGGGCUGAGGGAGGGGCGCACAGCCUGUCUCUGCUCAGUUGCAAUAAACGUGAGAUCUUGGGA